AUCUCGUUCGUCCCAUGCCGAUGCUCCUCCAUCGCAUUCAUCCCGCUCCACCACCCGUUUCCGGACACAGCCACCUGUCCGCCGUUCAGCUUCCCCCACUCGCUGUGGCGCCCGCCCGUCCGUGCGUUCCUGGCAACCAAAAUUUUUCUGUUGCCUUGCCGCCCUUUGCUGCUGCCCUUGCCGCAAAUGCAUUCGCCGAUUGUGUCCAUCUGCCGGCCACCCGCGAACCCGCCACCCUUACUAUCAGCCCGGUGGGCUGUCGCCUCGCCCCCCCCCCAGUCAACCACCGCCUCGGUCCUUGGGCUCUUCCCUCCCACCCACUCCUCAUCUCGCAGCUCGAUUUCAGCUCUGCCUCCUGUCCGGUCCUGUCUCUGGUCCUGUCUCUGGUCCUGCUCCUGCAAGCUUCGACUCCUUGCCCGUCCACCUGCUCGCGACCUGUGUUGAAUUCUCGGCAUCCGAUCAUCUACCAUGUCGGCGACCUCCUCCAGAAUGAACGUGGGCUGCUUCGACUCGCACGUCGAGGAUCUGACUGCCUUUGCUGUUCCCUCGGCGGCAUCUUGGCCCAGCGGAUCGUCCUCGCAGGUCACCGUCGGAUCCUGCGUCGACGCCUGUGGCCAAUCCGACUACAGCAUUGCCCUCGUCGCUCCCUCCAUGGAGAGCCGCAGCACUCUGGCCUUCACCUGUCACUGUGCCAACUCGGCCGCCUCGCUCACCGUCGUCGAGCCCCAGUACUGCAACCGGGUUUGCACCUCUGCCGAGGGCCGACCCUGUGGCGGACUGCAGAACCACCAGGUCUACAUCUCGGCUUAUCGGACCACACUUUCCCAUCAAGCCGCUCGGUUGAACGCAAUCUCUCCGCCUCCAACCGACCCCCAAGGCCAGCGAGAGCGCUGGUACGAUUCUCCUACGGGCGCCUCCGCUCCAGAGCCCAGCCCCAGCGAUGCUCCAUACACCAAUCCUCGCCAGCGCUGGUUCACGAGCAACUUUGCCUAUCCUGCUGAUGGAACCGAUCCCAAGAUCCAGCGAGAGCGCUGGUACAACUCUCCUACGGGCUCCUCCGCUCCAGAGCCCAGCCCCAGCGAUGUUCCAUACACCAAUCCUCGCCAGCGCUGGUUCACGAGCAACACAGCCCCCCCGGUCGACGGCACCAAGAGCCCCGACGCCUUUAUCCGCCAGCAGUGGAGCCAGCAGCUCCGCAAGGAGAGCCAGACCAACAACCAGAUGUACCGAAACAACAUCUUCAGCAACUCUGUCAGCAGGCCCCCUGCUCAGUCGGUUUCGGACCCGACUGUUGCCCCAACCCCCGCCGCUGCUGCAAACUCUGGGCUCAGCUCGACCGCAGUGGGCAUUGGCGCCGCCGUGGCCUCGGUUGUGAUCCUGGUUGGCCUGGUCUCGUACUAUAAGCUGCGCCGAUCCUCGUCCUCGGAGCGCAAAAAGUCGAGCAAGAAGCCCGUGCCGGCUGAGGCGGUUGAGUGCUCUCGCGUCUAGUUCUGGACUCGCCUGUCAAGAUUCCGGCUGCUGAUAGGAAUGCGCCCCACUCGCCAGUUUUGUGCAUCAAGCUUCACUGAGUGAAGCUUAUAGAUCCUCCCCGUUCCCCUAACUCUGUUUUACCUACCAUCCCGGCCUGCCCACCCGCCCAACCAACCACAGUUCAGCGAUCCUGCUGUCAUAUAUGCCUCUUAUCAACCAAUGUCUUCUUUAUCUUUAUACUCACUUAUUUAAAUCGAUUCACGAUCGCCACCGCCCUGCAAAGCCCUCACGGUCUGUUCAUCCUUGGAGCAGUCAAGCCCACACAAACCGAAACGGGACACCCAUUUCUGAGUGCGAGCGGUAGCUUAUUUUUUUGUUUCUUCCUCUUCCUUGGAUGUGAAUAUACAACCAUCCACCAUACCAUGGCC